AUGUCUUGGAAACUCACCAAGAAGCUCAAGGAAACCCAUUUGGGGCCCUUGAGCGCCUUCUCGCGAUCGCCGUCGACCUCGACAAUCACAGACAAGGAGAAGGACACCCAGCGAGCCAGUACAGAAGCCACGACGCCCACACAUGAAAGCGCCAUAGCUGCCUCCGAAGCCAUGACCCAGGCACCUGUCAUCAAGCCUCCGAAACCCGGUAUUCUCGUCGUUACAAUUCACGAAGGCCAAGGCUUUGCCCUACCCGACCAACAUCGCAAUGCCUUUGCCUCGCAGCACCAAGGCUCGCUGUCAUCAAGCCAUGCCGUUAGCGCGGCUGGCUCAGUACGGCCUGGCUCGUCACAGCGUGGACCCGGCUCCUACAUGAACACCUCCAACCGGCCCCAGUCGUCGGCUGGCGGGUUCAGCGGCAUUCCCACCAACCACGGGCGUAUUUCAGGGAAAUACAUGCCCUACGCGCUGCUUGAUUUCGACAAGGUGCAAGUCUUUGUCAACUCGGUAGACGGCACCCCGGAGAACCCUUUAUGGGCCGGAGGCAACACACAAUACAAGUUCGACGUGUCAAGAGUCACCGAGCUCGUGCUCCAUCUGUACAUGCGCAACCCGAGUGCGCCUCCUGGAUCCGGCCGUAGCCAGGACAUCUUCCUCGGUGUAGCGCGGGUCAACCCCCGAUUCGAGGAGCGCCAGGUCUACAGCGAGGAUUCGAAAACGAGCAAGAAGGACCGGGAGAAGGCGCUGGCUGAGUGGCAGCAACAAGGCGAAGGACAGAGCGGCGUGGAGUGGGUCGACGUCCAGUACGGCUCGGGCAAGAUCAAGAUUGGUGUCGAGUACGUCGAGAAUAGGGCUGGCAAGCUCAAGAUUGAAGACUUUGAGCUGCUCAAGGUCGUCGGCAAGGGCAGUUUCGGCAAGGUCAUGCAGGUCAGGAAAAAGGACACAAGCCGGAUCUACGCUCUGAAGACCAUCCGCAAGGCGCACAUCAUUUCGCGCUCCGAGGUGGCUCAUACGUUGGCGGAGCGUUCGGUCCUCGCACAGAUCAACAACCCCUUCAUCGUCCCUCUCAAGUUCAGCUUCCAGUCACCAGAGAAGCUGUACUUUGUCCUCGCUUUUGUCAACGGUGGCGAGCUUUUCCACCACCUUCAGAAGGAGCAUCGCUUUGACGUGAAUCGCUCACGAUUCUACACCGCAGAGCUCCUGUGCGCCCUGGAGUGUCUCCACGGAUUCAGCGUCAUCUACCGUGACUUGAAGCCUGAGAACAUCCUACUUGACUACCAGGGUCACAUCGCCCUGUGUGACUUUGGUCUUUGCAAACUGGACAUGAAGGAUGAAGACAGGACUAACACAUUCUGUGGUACUCCCGAGUACUUGGCCCCAGAACUCUUGAUGGGCAAGGGCUACAAGAAGACUGUGGAUUGGUGGACUCUGGGCGUCUUGCUAUACGAAAUGUUGACGGGAUUGCCGCCCUUCUACGACGAGAACACCAACGAGAUGUACCGCAAGAUCCUGUCGGAGCCUCUGCACUUUUCUGACGUGGUCCCACCGGCAGCUAAGGAUCUGCUCACCAAGCUUCUGAACAGAGAUCCCGACCAGCGCCUUGGUGCGAAUGGCUCCGCAGAGAUCAAGGCGCAUCCGUUCUUCCACGCCAUAGAUUGGCGAAAGCUGCUGCAGCGCAAGUAUGAGCCAACAUUCAAACCUAGCGUGGCGGAUGCGCUCGACACGGCCAACUUUGACCCCGUCUUCACAUCAGAAGCCCCACAAGAUUCAUACGUCGAUGGACCCAUGCUCUCACAGACCAUGCAGAAUCAGUUCCAGGGCUUCAGCUACAACAGACCCAUUGCUGGGCUCGGCGACGCCGGUGGCAGCGUCAAAGAUCCAUCCUUCGCGAGCAGCAUGCGGGACAACCGAUAG